AUGCCUUCUGUUGCUACCCUCCUCAAGGGCUUGACUCUUGCCACCUCCGUAUAUGCUGUCGACCCUGCUGCGGUCUACGAUGGCGGGUAUAGCUCUGCCACCGAUGUUUUGCUCCGCAUCGGGAACGGUGGCGCUGGGCAGAGUGGUUUGAUUGAAGUUCUCGCCAACGCCUUCAUCAAGUACAGCGUGAGCAACGGUGCCGACCCGUUCAAAGUCGCCUGGUAUAAGAGCGACACCACCGAAUCCAUCAACUACCUCAAGGCCGGUACCGUCGAUAUUGGGAUCACAUACACCCCACCAGCCGAAAAAAUCGCCAUUGAUCAAGGAAUCGCAAAGUCCCCCGCCUGGUAUGCCUGGCGCGAUCACUUCCUCCUCGUUGGCCCACAGUCCAAUCCAGCCAACCUAUCUGAGAGCGAGGAUAUCAGCACAAUGUUUUCAAAUAUCUUCGCCGCCGCCGAAGCAGGUAACACCGACCCACCAGUGCGUUUCCUCACACGCUACGAUAAGUCCGCAACACAUAUCAAAGACUCCCAGUUGUGGAUUGGUAUCGGUCAAGUACCCUGGGGCACCGCAUACUCGAAAUGGUACCACCAGUACAUUGCAUAUCCGAUUCAAGCGCUUACAGCUGCGAUUUUGUUGAAGGAGUAUACUAUCACCGAUCGUGGUACUUAUCUUUCAAUCUCGACCGAGCUGCAGAAGCAGACUACUAUCUACAAGGCUGCUACCGAUGAAGCUUCGGACCCUCUUCUUAACCCUGCUCAUAUGCUUGUUGGCAAGAAUGCUAAGAAUUAUGAAACUGCUGAUCAGUUUGUGCAGUGGGUCAUUAGUGAUGAGGGUCAGGGUGUUAUCACUGAAUUCAAGAAGAAUGGCCAGCAGCUUUAUACGGAGGCUCCUGAUAAUAAGACAGCACCAUACUUUACUCUCAAGUCAGAGAUUUAA